AUGAAUUAUCAGAAGCUAACCCAAUAAAGUCCUAAGAAGAGGUUCAAUCUACAGGGAAUUUUCAAUGAUGGAUCUAAUCCUUCACAAAGCGAAAUUGAGUAAUACUAUAGAGAAUUUGUAUCAAUGGAUUAAUCUCGGUUCUUGAGUUAGUCAGUCAUAAGAAGUCGUGAUUCAACUAAUAAUCUAAACACAUUAAAUAUGGAUGAUACUAUGACAAGAGAUCUCCUCGAUGAUUAUAGAAAAGAAUCGCCCAAAAAUUCAGCUUAAGCCUCGAAUACCCAGAGAAAUGAUAAAUUAAUUUAAGAUUAGGGGAAUGAAGGUAGGGGUUUUGAUAGCAACCUUUAAAAAGUAGGAAUAAUUGGGCAUAUCACAACAAACGUCACAUAUCUGAUUAAUGAUAUGAGGAAGAGAAAUAGACAGUUUCAAAUCGGGCUCAUUUCAGUGUUUUUGGUAGUCUCUUUCACGACAUUCGUGACUGCCUUUGUCAAUAGUACUCCCUCGCUAUUCUUUAUGGUCUCUUAAUCAAACGCAGGUGAUUUUGAUAUCACCUUGACUGCUCUGAGGAACGAUAAGGAAUAUGAAUCUGGCAACUACAACUACUAUUAUGAUCCUUUGUUCUAGUUCGAUUCAAAGUAGGAUUAUGCUUAAUUCAACAGAUUAUAAGGAUAGAAAGAUUCUUUGAGAUCUUAGUUUAUAAAUAGAGAGGUUUCCCUACUAAAUAUGACGGCUAUACUAUAAGAAAUACGUGAUAUACCUGAAAUAGUAGGUGCAUUUCCUCGAUGGAUGGCAAUGUGCCAGGUUGCUAAUUCCAAUAAAUAAGCUGCAGGUGACACUGGUUCUUUCAUUAUCUAUGGGGAUCAAAAAUUGGAAAGAGAUAUUGGAGUAGCAAAUGGAUUCCCAAACCAUUUAUUGAAAGAAAAUGAAGCCAUGGUGUCGAAGGAUUUAAUGGGAAUGCUUGGAUUAAAGAUAGGUGAAUAAAUCCUUGUGAGAUAUGAGUUUCUGACCUUCUUGCCACCUAAGUUCAACAUACUCUAGACGAUCGCAUUCGAUGAAAUACCCUAUGAAAUGAAUAAUCAGAAUCUUACUCGAGGAAAACUGUUCUUAUCUAAGCUGAACCAAGAUACGAAUCUGACCAUGAAGGAUUUCAAUAACUAUGUAUAUUAAACAUAUGGCUUGCAACCUUACGCAGCUGCUAGAAGCUACGCCCUACUUCUAGGUUAUAAUGAUACUACUCCUUUUUAUAUGAUCCUCGAGGAUUUCUUUUAAAAUAUUAGAAGAGAUGACUUCACCUUUGAAUAAAAUUAUACUGUUAAAGAAGAAAUAAGUUCAACUUUUGGCAAAUGGCCGAGUGCAAUGGGAAAUACAGUGUUUCUUGAUUCAACUUACGUGGUUGAGAAUUUCUACUAGGUAAUUUAAGUAUGCCAUAUAUUGAUUUUGAGGAUAGAUGUUCUAUUAAAACGCAAUAAACGCGACCAAAAGGAAAGAGAUAUCUCGAGAAUGAGAAAGUAUAAUGAAGAUGGAGGCUCAGAACUAGUUGAUACUCUUAUGAACCUAUUUUAUAAGAAAUCAUUCUAUGAAUCUGCUGAUGGCGAGUUGACCAUUCAGGAGCAGACAUCUACGAUAGGCUCAAUGAAAUCAAUGCUUACUAGCUCAUUCUUUAUGAUAACCUUCCAAAUUUUCAUAGUUGCCUUCAUCCUUUAUCAAUCUUUGAUUUAGUCAGAUGUGGAGGAAAGGACUUAUGAAUUUGCAAUGCUUAGAACAUUGGGAUAUAGAAAGGAUUAACUGAUGUCGCUGUUGAGCAUGCAGACAUUGUUUUUCGCAUUACCUGCAACUAUCAUGGGUUUCAUAGUAAUGGCUAUUGAGCUGGUUGGUAUUAAAAUGGUUAUCUACGAUUCUACUAGAUUUGGAAUUUAUUAAUAUGUGGGAGCUUUUACUGUAUUUGUUGGUUUGAUAAUGGGUAUCGUUAUCCCCUUGAUGUCUAAUUAUAUACCUAUCAAACAAGCGAUGUCAAAGUCAUUGAGAGAUUCAUUAGACGUCUAUAGAAAAUCAAUGGAUGAGUUUACAGUAAAGAUGACCAGACUAGAGAAUAUGGGAAUAUCCCCGCUGUAAAUGGGAUCUGGCUUGUUCCUCACUAUAUUUGGCUUUAUCUGCUAUUAUUUUAUCCCUUCGUCACUAAUCAAUUUGGAUUUUGAGAUGUUUUACAUCGUUAUAUUAGGGAUUCUUACCAUGAUAGUGUUAGGUGUAAAUCUUAUUUCAUAGGCUUUUGUACCCUGGAUUGAGAACUUCAUUGUUACACUCAUCAUAAUGUGCAAACCAAAAGAAAAAAAACUAAAGCCAAUUAUUUAAAAGAAUCUGAAGUCACAUAGGGGGAGAAAUAUGAAGACAUCUUUAAUGUUCACUAUGACAAUGAGUUUCCUUAUGUAUUCAAACACUAGUUUCUAGUAAGGGGAGUAUAUGAUAUUCUCUAUGACUAGUGCAGUCAUUGGCUCAGAUAUUGCUCUAUUUAGACCUAGUACUUUAACUGGCAAGCCUGUUUCACUUGAGGAAUAAAAGCUAAAUGAGUUCUUCUAUGCAAACCUCUAUACUAGCGAGAAUCCUAGUGGAUUAAUUACUCAGUAUUCUUAUCUAGGCUAGACAUUAAAUGAAAUACUUACAAAUGAAGGAAAACAGCAACUAUAAAUAAAUAUUGGGGUAGGACUGGAUGGCUAGGAAGAAUUUGCUGUGAAAGUUUAGGGAUUAUCAAGAGAUCAUUUAGAAAAAUAAGACAUAUAAUACUACUAUCCAAUACAAUCAAUGAAAGGAAAAGAAUUCUUUGAUAAGGAAUACAAAAAGGAAGAAAUCAUGGAAUUACUUUACGAUUUGGAUGAAUUUAGUCAUUCUACUCAGGUCUAAGAUAAAUUAAGAAUAAGAAGUGAAAUUUAAGAUAAGCCUUAUCAGAAUUAACCAUUUGAAGAUACAAUAAUAAACAUUAUAAUACCCUAAGCAAUAGUUGGGCUAUUACCAAUUAAGGCAGGAGAUCUUAUCAAAAUGUGUUUAGGUAUAGAUUGCUAAAGUCAAUUUAGAGCAAGAGUUGUGGCAACUAUAAGAAGAAUGCCUGGGAUAUCUGAUAUCUCUGGCUACAGACCAGCUGCUUAUCUCUAGCCAAGUGUGAUCGUUUCUUAUGAUCAAAUGGUUUAAAUAAUUAGCAAGUAUACAUCUUAAAAUCCACAGGCAAAAAAAGACUAUGAUCUAUACAUGUCUAGAUAGCCUCAAGGAAAUACCAAUAAUAUCCCCAAAAAAGCAGUAUAUGUUAACUUCAAGAAUCAUGCCACUGACGAUGAGAUUAAUAACAUGAAGAAUAGUAUGGUGAAAAUAGCAGGUGAUAAUAAUGCGAUUGCAUUUGAUACAAGAUAGUUCAACAAAGGUCUUAGUGAUUUUAUGAUUGUGAUGUAUUUGUUCAGUGGGAUUGUAGCUGUUAUUCUAUUUUUGCUAACCUUCUUUCAGUUGAUUGUUUCAAUAUCUAGUAAUAUUAGAGAUGAUGAAUGGGAGUUAGGAGUACUGAGAGCAAUGGGGAUGAGAAAGACUGAAAUACAAAAAAUAACCUCCUAUGAAUACACAGCAAAUAUCCUGACUCCAACAUUCCUUGGUAUAAUCAUUGGUGCUAUAUGUGCAUCAACAAUGAGUACCUUAUUUUUGGCUAUUGCUGAAUUACCCUUUAAACUAAUGGUAAAAUUUGAUGAAUCAUAUUUUUAGAUAUCCUUCACCAGUAUUAUCGUGAUGAUAGUAUGUGCAGUAUUGACAAUAAUCAUAGGUACUGCUAUCGGCUCCAGAGUUAUUAAUAGAAAAAGCAUAUCUCAGGUAUUGAAAGGCCUGUGA